AUGCGUCGUCGCCAACCAACACCAAGCCCUUCCUCCUCCGAUAACGAUGGAUACGCCAUCGCUCAAGCAUUCCCCGACGACAAUUUGCCCUCGCCAUCGAUUACAGCUCAAGAAUACGUCGACGCACUCAAUCACUCAAAGUUGCUUGCAGUGAAAGACCUCUUCGUCAAAACAGUCGCAGACAGAGAUGCGACUCUUGAGUCAACAAACAUCCUUCUCUUCAGAGCUCUCCACACCCUCGCCAUAAUCUACGCCGAGCUUGAACAAUGGCAAAAUGCAGAGAGUACAUACAAGAAAUUGCUAGCGGAAAGUGACAAGAUUCUGGGACCAGAUUCGAAAGUAGCUGCCGGGGCAGUUUCUAAUCUGGGGAAAGUCUAUGAGCAGCAGGGGAAACAUGAGGAGGCUGAAACUAUACUUCGACGAGCGAAGUUGUGGGCGGGAAAUAAUCUUGAGGGGGAGAGCCCGCAGUAUCUUGGUGCUGUUCAAGGGUUGAUUCCUGUUUUGACGAAACAGGGGAAGCUUGGAGAGACAGAGAAGAUGUUGGAGGAGGGAUUGACCCUUGUGAGGAAGAUGUCUGGGCGGUUUAAAGAGGAGGAUACGGUGGAGAUGGAGGCUGUUGCUAAGGGUCUUGUAGCGUUGAAAAAGUAG